CUUAAUAACUUCCUAAAAACUUCAUCUUGGCAGUUGCUCGCAAUCUUGCACCGAUCCUUUUCAUUUCACAUCGCCUACAGUCCGUCCCGACACCGCAAGCAUGAGCACGACGAAGACCCUCCCAGAAAAAUCCCUGGGAACCCAGGGUUUCUCCGGCUCUAUCCAGGGGUAUGGAUGCAUGUCACUGACUGCCUUUGGCGCACCAGAGAAAGCUGAAGGGGCGGAACAGACUCUGAAGCAUGUCCUGGAGCAGGGAGUGACCCUGCUGAACACUGCAACCUUCUAUGGACAGAACCUCAAUGAGGAGAUCAUAGGCAGCGUGAUCAAGGAGUUCCCACGAGAGCGGGUCAAGAUCACAACCAAGUGGGGCCCCACCUGGAGAGACGGCCAGCUGAAGCAUGACGGCAGCCGGGAACACUGCAGGGCGGAGUGCUUCAGCUCCCUGAAGCGUCUGGGGGUUGACUACCUGGACAUGUUCAUCUUCAGGGGACCCCCUGAUGCCAACACCCCCUGGGAGGACACCAUUCAAUUUAUGAAGGAGCUGGUGGAGGAGGGUCAUGUGAAGUACCUUGGCCUGUCAGAGGUCAGCCCGGCAGAUAUCAGGAGGGCGCACGCCAUUCACCCCAUCACAGCGCUUGAGAUGGAGUGGAGUCUUUUCUCGCGCGACGCAGAGGAGGACCUAGUACCCACAGCAAGGGAGCUGGGCAUAGGGUUUUUGGCGUACUCACCCCUGGGCAGGGGGUUGUUGACGGGCGCAUUGAAGAGUAAAGAGGACGUGCCAGAACAGGCCCGAGGCUUCAAUCCGCGCAUGGCCGGAGAACACUUUGACAAGAACGCAAAGCUGGUGCAGAACGUGGUGCAAUUGGCGGCGAAGAAGGGUGUGACACCGGGUCAGCUGGCGCUGGCAUGGGUGACUCAGCAAGGCGAUGAUGUCAUCCCCAUCCCAGGCACCAAGCGGGUUGCUUGUGUGGAUGAGAAUGUUGCUGCGGUCAACGUCAAGCUCACGGCAGAAGAGAUGAAGGAAUUGGAGGACGCCGUGCCACAGCAUGAGGUUGCUGGGGACCGGUAUCAUGACAUGAAGCACAUUUCGUACAAGUACGACACCUAAAGGAAUCCUUCUCAGCUCAGCAUUGUCUGGCGUCCGAAAAGCAUUCAAAAUUGUUUCAGAUCAGACAUGGAAAUGCAUGUGACAAGCUCGUCCCUGAAACUUUCAAACUUUCUUGAACGCAAGAUUAGGAUCAAGUAGAGUGCCGGCAUUGCUAGCUAGCAGAAACCCCAGAUCAACAAUAGAAUCACAGUCUGCCUUGCAUUCAAUUUUGGCUUGAUAGCAUCUUGCUAGGAGUGCUUCUUGUGCUUGUUUGAGAUGAUGACUGUUCAUGCGUCAAAUCUGAAAAGUAGGAAGCGUCAGCUUGUGGGAUUAUGGGGCAAUGUGCCGCCCACGCUGUAAGGGUGGUCCAUU